AGUUACCAAUAGUUUGGUACACUGAUCAUUUAAAGGACGAUGAGUCCAAACCAUGGGACAAGUAUGGGGUACAACUGUACGAAUGGCCUGAGAGUACUGAGAAUAUUUUGAAAAAUUACAAGCUGAUUCAAUCCAGCAAGUGGGAUCUUUCCUGUCAGAUGAAGAAUAAUAGAUGCUACAGGUACAGAACGUGGCAAGAGAUGUACUCGUGGAAGUUAUGGAGAAGUCUCGACGUGUUCUCUGUCGAAGGUGGUGAAACUAUUUUGUGGACGGAUUUAGUAGAUUCACAUAAUGUAGAUUACCAUUUGUGGCCCCGAGCAGCGGCUGUGGCCGAGCGACUCUGGUCCGAUAUUGUGGCCAAUGGUUCUGUCACAGGUGAUGUCUACAUGAGAUUGGACAGUCACAGAUGGCGUAUGCUGAUCCGUGGGUACAAUGUGCAACCAAUCUGGCCAGUAUGGUGUAGUUUUAAUCCUUCUACUUGCGUGCACAAUAUACGAUAUUAA